UUACCGCCCCUUGUUAGCAGUUUGCCAACCCAAACACAGAGUUCGCUACGGUCAAUUGGACCGAAACUAUGUUAAGAUAUUGGUUACAUUUAUAAAUCGCCACUCCGAUUAAAACAGUAACAAUAUUUAACUUCAAUUAUAUCGAACAAGUCACGUGUUUGAAACAGCGAAAAUGGAUUUGGAGUUCGCACUUAAACAAAUUGAACACAUGUGCCUGGUGCUGCAGUCUCACGCUGUGAAUGCUGUUGUGAUACUUUCUGGAGGUGCCCACUUCUUGCCUCCAUGCCUCGGUACACAGGCUGGCAAGGAAUUUCUUCAGUCGCAUCAACACAUCACUGAACAGUUUACAUUUUUCUGUACCAAACUGUUAUCUAAAGUAUCUGACAAAAAUGGGGCAGAGGAGAGAAGAAGUGAUUUACAGACAUUUGACGUACAGAAUAUUGAAGUAUUGGGUGUCCCCAAUGUCAUUUAUGGGAAAAUUGACUCAGACAGUGAAGCAACCAUUAAUAAUGACUUUUUAUAUUUUGAUUCAACUAUGGAAGAAUUCACAAAGUCUUCCAGGGAAGAGAAUGAUUACACAGAUGUUGACUUCAAACAGACAGAACGUUAUUCUAAGGAGGGAUCAACACGCAAUAAAUUUAUUUUAAAUUCCAGUGUGAAAUAUCAUUUAAAUGGUCACAGUGAUAUAAAACUUGCAUUUGGUAGCAGUGAUAGAGGUGAAAUUAUUGCAUCAGUUCCAGAAAUGGUGAACAUAUUUAAGUCAGAGGGAAUAACAACAUACAGCUGUAAACUAUGUGGAGAAAAUCUAAAGGAAGGAAAAAGAUAUGAUAUACAUAUCUAUACACAUCUUGUGAAAAAGUGCACUGUAUGUCCAAAAACUUUUUCGGAUAGUUGUUCAGUCUCUAAAGUGACGCGACAUGUCAAAAACCACCAGAAGUGUCCGUACAUGUGUCAAUGGUGUUACAAGAAUUUUAGCACUGCUGAUGAAAGAGACAAGCAUGCACACCUGCACAGCAACAAACUAAAAUGUGCGAUUUGCCUUAAAGAGUAUGACAGCAUAAGUCGCUACAACAAUCAUAUGAAGUUUUCACAUGGACCCAAAACCUACAAGUGUCAGGUUUGUGAUUCUUCCUUCUCCUCACAGGCAGUAUUGAAGAAACAUGAACAUGUGCAUGGUGAAAAAGAACACCUAUGUGACCAAUGCGAUGCUAGAUUUGCUACUAUAUACAGUUUAAAAAACCAUAUUGAGCAUGUGCAUUUAGAAUCAGAAAAACUGUGGAAAUGUGAUGCAUGUGAGAAGACCUACAAGUCCAGGAAGCUGCUAUCUGAUCACAUGCGGUAUCACCGUAGCCCGGUGUUGUGUGAUACGUGUGGAAAGGCAUUCAGCACACCGUCCUCACUUCGUCUCCACAACCUGUCCAUGCACUCUGCGGAGAGAAAAUACAAAUGUGAUACGUGUGGGGACAGUUUCCCAAUUUUAUCUAGCCUAAAACGACACUCUCAAAAGCAUGUUGGCAGUGGAAGUGGCAAUUACAUACACCAGUGUUCAUAUUGCGAGAAGUCGUUCAAAACAAAGGGAGCACUAGAAUCCCAUGAAAACGUCCAUACAAAAUUGAAACAGUACCGCUGUUCUUUCUGUAGCUCUGAAUUUUUGCGCAUAUCAACUCUGUACUCUCACAAACGUGCUGUUCACCAUGACCAAUUGACAGUGGGUCAAAUUCUACCACGAUGCCGCUACUGCCGGGAGAAGUUCAAGAACAGUUACCAUUUAUUCAAACAUGUCAAGGCCAUGCACUAUGAAGAAGACCUGAUGAACCCAAAGCCGUAUAUGAAACAGUGUCCAAUAUGCUCGAAAGUAUUCCUGCCCAAGAACCUCAAGGUUCACAUGGACAUGCAUAACGAGGUUAAACCGCACAAAUGUGUCAUCUGUAGAAAGGCAUUUACGGACAAAUGUAACCUGCGAGGACAUCUGAAAAUGGUGCACAAGGAAGGGUCUUUCCGAUGUAACACCUGUGCGAAAAUGUUCUUUGACGGAUAUAGCAUACACGAACAUUUUCACAAAGAGCAUGUCUUGACAGGUAGUGACCUGGAGCAGGCUGUAAGCGUUAUCGAGCGACAGAUGACUACAGAUGGGGAGGCCUGCCUACAGUACAACAGGGACGAAGGCCUCUGUGUCAUACCCCAUUUACCUUUGUAUAGUCAGAUCUAGAUAAAUAACCAUCACUAAGAUCUUAUUUAUGUUACAAUUCAUAACACAAGGACUAAAAUAUUAAAAAAUAAUUAAGUUUUUUAUUUUUUUCCAACAUUGUUUUAUUCAUGAAAACAUAAUGUGUGAAUCAAUCGAUCACAUUUAUUAAAAAAGAUAUUAUGUUAAUGAAGGAAUGUUUCCUUCACUUCUGCAGAUUUUUUUCUGGCGUAAAGUUGUUACACUUUCACUUCACACAUAUAUCAUAUACAUCAUAUACAAUAUUAUUUGGUCAGUUAAUACUAGUUUACUUUAUGUUCACUACAUAGUGCUGGGGAGACAUAUUGACAAGCUGCUGUUUGCUAGUUGUUUAGUUGUUUAGUUAGUGACAUAUUUCCAUAUUUUGUGACCCAUUACUCUACUGUGUAUGAUGGGAUCAAAAUAAAUGUGCUGUUAUGAAUUUGACAAGUUGUGUUGCUCGCUUAAAGGUUAAUGUCACAAUUGACACUACAGAAGUUCUUGCAUAAACUUUUAUGGUGAUAGUAAAAGUGAGAGAUUGUUUACUGCAAAUUA